AUGACUAGACAAUCACUGAUCCACGUACAAACAACCUUUUCUCAAGAAGAUCUUUGUCCUCCUUACUCCCCUUUAGAUCCUCAUCCCCGAUUAGAUCUUCAUGACAAUACGAAUCAAGCUCUUCUUUCUUUACGAAAUGAUUCACAUGUCACAACUCCAGAUCUACAUACUGCCGAUCUGUACACAAACGACCUACACUCCUUUCAUCGAUCCCCCCAGAAUCACGAUAAUCCCCUUCUACCUCAUAACCCCCAUCUUCUCAUCUCCUCACAUACGUCUCUUCAAACUCAUGAGCAAACAAAUCAACAUCUCACAAACUUGACACCUGAACAGAAUAUGAAUCCUCCCACUUACACUCCCGUACCUAAUGAUAGAGAUAAUUACGCUCUUUUCUUACUUCGACAUAAUCUACGUCAACAUCGUUCCAAUAUUCGACCAGUUUUGAGAAUCACAACACCCACUCAACCAUCUCCUUUAUCCCUCCAUGACUCUCAUCUUCCAUCAAACAGACCAACACCAACAAACAUCCAACAUUCACAUAUGAUGGUGAUGGGAGAAGAACAAAUGGUUGCAAUUAAUGGAGAAGUUCAAAAUGACGUCUGGGUUCAUCAACAUCAUGAAGUCAGAAGGGAUAUGGAAGGAGAACAAGAAAUAAUUGUAGGAUCCGAAGGAAUCGAUUUAAAUCUUUCAACAUUACCUCCUUCACCUCAACUUUCAAACGCUUUAAGAGAUUUACGUCAUUCUCGUGAUCCUUCCAAAUGGGGUUCAAGACGAUCACGUAGGUUUGUAGAUUCAGAAGAAGAAGAAUGGACAGGUAUGGGAGGUUGGUUUAAAUGGAUGUUCAGUUUACUCGCUCCUCCUGUUGAUUUACGUGGACCGGGUGUAGGACCGAUCGGUGGAUAUGGAAUGUUUGCUAUUUGA